UUAGCUCUUGGGUAAGAUCCACAAAUCCAACAGCACCACAUGCCUCAAUCUGUUGCAACCAUGCAGUUUUUUUCUUGGUCCUUUGUGGUUCUGUUGCUUUUGUCAUCUGCCUGGGCUAAGGAAGAGGUUCCUGCCAUCGAGGUGGACACCUCCCAGGAACUGUCUGUUGGUGAGCUGCUGGAGAGAGCCAACAGAGACCGCAUCCCUGACAUUGAUGAACCCCGCCUGAUCGGAGGAGACAUUGCUGUCAAGUCUGAGGCAGACAGAAAUGCUGACCCCUGCACCUCCAGAGGUUGCCUCUGGUUAAAAUAUACUGAUGGAAAAGUCUAUAUCCCCUACUACAUUGCCAACCACUACUCUUCCCGUGAGAUAGAGAUCAUCAUUCGUGGACUGGAGUCUUUCUCGGCGGUUUCCUGCAUCCGUUUCAGGCCCUACCAAAAUGGCGAUCAUGAAUGGUUGAGCAUUGAAUCCAGGAAUGGCUGUUACUCGUAUGUGGGCCGUCAGGGUGGGGGUCAGACAGUGUCCUUGAGCCGACAGGGGUGCCUUUACCAUGGCACCGUCCAGCAUGAGCUGCUCCACGCCCUGGGCUUCAACCAUGAGCAGACCCGCUCUGACAGAGACAACCACAUCAAAGUGCACUGGAACAAUAUCCUUGAAGGCAUGGAGUACAAUUUCUAUAAGAUUGAAACUCUGAACCAGGGAACUCCUUAUGAUUACAACUCUGUUAUGCAAUAUGAAAGGUACGCCUUCUCGAAGAACAACCGUCCUACUAUGGAGCCCAUUCCAAACAGCAAUGUGUCCUUCGGCCAGGCCACACAGAUGAGCCAGAAUGAUAUUGCCAGACUGAACAGACUCUACAAAUGCUAAACAUCAGCUGUGCCCUAUGACCUACAAAUCUGAUGACAUGGACAUGCCAAGACAGGAGGUGUGGGUUUUAGCCAGAUGACAGUUUGGUUGAAAACUCCAAAAGCAUUGAAUAUUGAUUGCUGUCUGGAUGAGAAACAAAAUAAAAAGAAAUAAAAUGCUGCAAUAAAAAAAA